AUGAAGCUACACUUGAUCGCCCUUGUGGCCCACAUAAUCAGUGUUGGCACUGCAUACCCGGGAAGCAUUAUCCAGUCUUUCGAGUCUGUCACAACGUCCAUCGACACCAUUGAAGUGGGUGCCCGGGGUUCUGAGAGCCUUAUCAAGUCAACCGAGAUACGGGCAGUGUCCAUCAAUACCAAUUCUGGGUCUCAGGGCUCUGGUAAAAAGACUUCUACCAGUGCUUGCCCAGGCAAUACCCCCAAGGACAGAACUGUUUGGUGCGAUUAUAGUGUCAACACAGACUAUGAAAGUGUUGUACCGAAUACCGGUGUAACUAGGGAAUAUUGGUUCGAUGUCAAGCAAGUCAUUCUUGCCCCAGAUGGCUUCCCACGUCCAGUUUGGACUGUGAAUGGCACCCUUCCUGGCCCAACCCUAUUUGCAAACUGGGGUGACUGGGUCAUCAUCCAUGUCACCAACAACCUGGGUGCACAGAGGAAUGGAUCUACUAUUCAUUGGCAUGGCAUUCGUCAAAAUUAUACCAAUCCCAAUGACGGUGUUCCUUCCAUUACACAGUGUCCCAUUGCACCUGGGAAUACCAUGACCUACAAGUGGCGAGCUGUUCAAUAUGGUUCGUCGUGGUAUCACUCACACAUUGGCUUGCAAGCCUGGGAGGGAGUAUACGGGGGUCUCGUUAUCAACGGACCAGCAACUGCAAACUAUGAUGUGGACAAGGGCCCUCUGUUCCUGAGUGAUUGGACGCAUCGAACUGUUGAUGAACUUUAUCUGGAAGAUGAGAUCAAUGGUCCCACCAAUCUGACCAAUGGUCUUAUCAAUGGUACCAAUGUUUAUCAGCCCGACUAUGACAGCCCUCAUAUUGCAUCAGGUCGUCGGUUCACCAUGAAAGUGAAUCAGGGUACUUCUUACCGGCUGCGCUUGGUGAAUCCGUCCGUGGAUACACAUUGGAAAUUUAGCAUUGAUGACCAUACUUUGGAGGUAAUCGGAAUGGACUUUGUGCCAAUUGUUCCAUUCAAAACGAACGUAAUUAGUCUUGCAAUGGGCCAACGUUACGACGUCAUCGUCACAGCAAACCAGCAACACGUAGCUGACUCAUUCUGGAUGAGGGCAAUACCCGCAAGUCUUUGCUCAGCCAACAACCAGAGUGCCAACAUCCGUGGCAUAGUUUACUAUGGCAACAGUGCCAAGAUCCCAACAACAUCAGGCUUCGUCGCCACAGACGACUGCCUGGAUAUGCCACUCUCCGACCUUGUCCCCUGGGUGAAGAAGGACGUCGAUGCCCCCUUAUACGAUGACAGUACCGAUGUCAACCUGUACAAAACCGCAGAUAAUCUUUUCCGCUGGGAAUUCAACACCACAUCCUUGAACAUCAGCUGGGAAAAACCAACUCUGCUAGACAUUUACAACAAGGAUUUGGAUUUCACAAACACCAGUGGUGUAAUCGAGCUUCCAGGGAAAAACCAAUGGGUGUAUUUCAUGAUCAACACCACGAUCCCCGUCACACAUCCGAUCCAUCUCCACGGUCAUGAUUUCUACAUCUUGGCUCAAGGUUCCGGUGUCUUUAAUGUCUCACUGCUCACAACAAACCCUCCGCGCCGUGAUACUGCCAUCUUGCCGCCUAGUGGCUGGCUGAUGAUUGCGUUCAAAACCGAUAAUCCCGGUGCUUGGUUGAUGCACUGCCAUAUCGGUUGGCAUGUUAACAUGGGACUUGCCUUGCAGUUUAUUGAGAAUCAGGAUGAGAUGCGCGCUCUCUUCGAUUAUAAGCCCAUUGAACAAAAUUGUGCGUCGUGGGAUCAGUAUGAUACCUCGAGAGAUAUUGUACAAGAGGACGGGGGUGUCUAA